CCUGGAGUUGUGGGGAAGGUCUUCCUGUUGUGCUGGUUACCUUUUGCUCUCUGUCUCUGGUUCCUGGUUAGUGACAGCCGUGCUCCGGUACAGCAGGAUUACUGCCUUACAAAGACUUUUGUCAUCUGGGUACCGACCACCUCCUCGUUACGGGAGGGUUUCCUUUGAUGUCCUUUAAUAUGUUUUCAUGAUUUUGGUCAGAAGUUUUCCCCUCAACCGAAAUGUCUCUGCAGUGCAAAGCGGGACGAAAUCCACCGAUAGCUGAUCAGCUUCCCUGGAUUUCGCUGACGACAUCGCUUUGUUGCGUGUGAAGAUGGAAACACUGGAGUCGGAGUUGACCUGCCCAAUCUGUCUGGAGCUCUUCGAGGACCCCUUGCUCUUGCCCUGCGCUCACAGCCUGUGUUUCAACUGUGCCCACCGCAUCCUGAUCUCCCACUGCAGCCCCAACGAGCCUGUGCAGUCCAUCAGCGCCUUCCAGUGCCCAACCUGUCGCUAUGCCAUCACCCUCAACCAGAGGGGCCUAGAGGGACUGAAGCGUAACGUCACUUUGCAGAACAUCAUCGACCGCUUCCAGAAGGCUUCCGUGAGCGGGCCCAACUCCCCCAGCGAGACUCGCCGUGAGCGGGUCGCCCCGGACGGCACGGCCAUGACCUCCCCCAGCGAGAGGGUGCAGUGUCAGUUCUGUGAGCAAGACCCUCCCCAGGAUGCCGUCAAGACCUGUGUCACCUGUGAGGUGUCCUACUGCGACGAAUGCUUGAAGGCCACCCACCCCAAUAAGAAGCCCUUCACCAGCCACCGUCUGAUCGAGCCCAUGCCAGACUGCCACAUCAGGGGACUCAUGUGUCUGGAGCACGAGGACGAGAAGGUGAACAUGUACUGUGUCACAGAUGAACAGUUGAUCUGUGCCUUGUGCAAACUGGUCGGUCGGCAUCGGGACCACCAAGUAGCCGCCCUCAGCGACCGCUAUGAGAAACUCAAGCAAACCUUGGACUCCAACCUCAGCAAUCUGAUUAAGAGGAACAACGAGUUGGAAACUCUGAUGGGCAAGUUGAUCCAAAUCUGCCAACAUGUGGAGGGGAAUGCAUCCAGACAAGAGAACAAGCUCCUGGAAGAGUGUGACCUCCUGAUGGACGUGGUACAACAGAGAAGACAGAUCAUAGCCACCAAGAUAAACGAGGGCAAGGCUAUCCGUCUGCGAAAGCUAGCCCAGCAGAUCGCCACCUGCAAGCAGAUCAUCGAGAGAUCGUCAUCCCUCAUCACUCAGGCAGAUCACACCCUGAGGGAGGGAGACCACGCCCGCUUCCUGCAGACAGCCAAAAGCAUCUGCGAGAGAGUGUCCAUGGCGACAGCAUCCUCUCAGAUCCUGAUACCAGAGAUCAACCUGAAUGACACCUUUGAUACGUUUGCGUUGGACUUUACAAGGGAAAAGAAAAUGCUGGAAGGCUUGGAUUACCUCACAGCACCAAAUCCCCCAAUAAUCCGGGAGGAAUUAUGUACGGCAUCGUACGACACCAUCACUGCUCACUGGACGUCAGAUGACGAGUUCUGUGUGGUCUCCUAUGAGCUGCAGUAUGCCAUCUUCACUGGACAAGCCAAUGUCGUCAGUUUGUGUAACUCAGCUGACAGUUGGAUGAUUGUGCCCAACAUCAAGCAGAACCACUACACAGUGCAUGGACUCCAGUGUGGCACCAAGUACAUCUUUAUGGUCAAAGCUAUAAACCAGGCAGGGAGUCGCAGCAGUGUACCUGGGAAGCUCAAGACCAACAGUCAGCCGUUCAAGUUGGACCCAAAGUCUGCUCACAAGAAGCUGAAGGUCUCCCACGACAACCUGACGGUGGAGCGAGACGAGACGUCGUCCAAGAAGAGCCACAAUCAGGACCGCUUCACCAGCCAGGGCAGCUACGGCGUCACUGGGAAUGUGUACAUCGACAGCGGGCGCCACUACUGGGAGGCCUUGAUAGGAGGGAGCACAUGGUUUGCUGUGGGCGUUGCUUACAAGUCAGCACCGAAACACGAGUGGAUCGGCAAGAACUCGGCCUCGUGGGUAUUAUCUCGAUGCAACAACUCCUGGGUAGUACGUCACAACAGCAAGGAGAUGCCCAUCGAACCGUCCCCCCACCUGCGUCGCGUGGGGGUGUUGUUGGACUACGACGCCGGUUCCCUGGCCUUCUACGAUGGCGCCGGCUCACAGCACCUGUACACGUUCGACAUCACCUUCGCUCAGCCAGUGUGUCCCGUGUUCAACGUGUGGAACAAGUGUCUGACUGUUCUCACGGGGCUGCCCAUCCCAGACCACCUCGAGGGGACAGACUGCCAGGAUUAACAGACCAGCUAAUGCAACACAAAGGGAGCAGAACAGACCCACUUCAGCCUCACCUGGCUGCCUUUGUGUCGCACCAUCCAUGCUGUAUAAAGCAGAACAAAGCCAUGGUGCCAGAUCAGUCUCCAAUCAUUAUCUUAUAGAAUCAAAUACAUUGUUUUUGAAAAUUAUUUAUGGAAACCAUUUAUUGGGUUCAAAAAAAUAUUGUAGAUUUUAUUUCUUGCUUUAACACAUUAAUAUUCACUGCUAUAUUUAUGCUUGUUGGUUUUGGGAUGCGCUUAGAGAGGAAGGUUUUGGGAUGCGCUUAGAGAGGAAGGUUUUGGGAUGCUCUUAGAGAGGAAGGUUUUGGGAUGCGCUUAGAGAGGAAGGUUUUGGGAUGCUCUUAGAGAGGAAGGUUUUGGGAUGCGCUUAGAGAGGAAGGUUUUGGGAUGCGCUUAGAGAGGAAGGUUUUGGGAUGCGCUUAGAGAGGAAGGUUUUGGGAUGCGCUUAGAGAGGAAGGUUUUGGGAUGCGCUUAGAGAGGAAGGUUUUGGGAUGCGCUUAGAGAGGAAGGUUUUGGGAUGCGCUUAGAGAGGAAGGUUUUGGGAUGCUCUUAGAGAGGAAGGUUUUGGGAUGCUCUUAGAGAGGAAGGUUUUGGGAUGCGCUUAGAGAGGAAGGUUUUGGGAUGCGCUUAGAGAGGAAGGUUUUGGGAUGCGCUUAGAGAGGAAGGUUUUGGGAUGCUCUUAGAGAGGAAGGUUUUGGGAUGCUCUUAGAGAGGAAGGUUUUGGGAUGCUCUUAGAGAGGAAGGUUUUGGGAUGCGCUUAGAGAGGAAGGUUUUGGGAUGCGCUUAGAGAGGAAGGUUUUGGGAUGCUCUUAGAGAGGAAGGUUUUGGGAUGCGCUUAGAGAGGAAGGUUUUGGGAUGCUCUUAGAGAGGAAGGUGGGUAUAACGUUUUCAAAUUCAGUGAAACUUACUGUAUUUUUAAGCAGGCAGUGGUUAGAGCGUUGGGCCAGUAACCAAAAGGUUGCUAGUUCGAAUCCCUGAGCUGACAAGGUAAUACGUCUUUCUGUUGUUCUGCCCCUGAACAAGGCAGUUAAUCCGCUGUUCCCCGGGCAGGCCGUCAUUGCCUAGUUAAAUAAAACAAAAUGAAAAGCUUUUAAAAGAGUUUACCUUUUGUCCAUGUAUCAGUCGUUAGCAGCAUGUUGCUAAAUGUUUUACGUGUGACCUGUUUAUCUUGACAUGUCAUCAUGACAUCCGUUCCUCUGAUCACAGAGCAGUUAUAACAGGACUAUUCAUCUACAAUCUUCUGUUUCAUACAAGAUCCUCUCCAUGAUUAUUCUUAUGUAUUAGGAUGAUGUUUGUGAAAAUAAACAUGUUAAGAGUUAUUUUUAAUAGUUAAUCUGCCUCUUUUACAAUUGUAAAAUCACAGCACUUCUACUGCACUGACAACUUGACUAUAAUUGACAAACUCACAAAGACACAAUUCUUCAUUUCUUUGUCAAAAAAAGAAGCACUGCGAUGUUAAAAACAUUGAUUCAUGUUGAAGAUGUUUACUUCUAAAGAAAAGCCAUUUGAAGUGACAUUUCAAUACAGAAAUAAUGUCUUAAUUGUAAUUAGAAACAACAUGUGCAAUCUCUGUAAAUACCUUACUGUUUUCUUCUCCCUAUUGGCUCUGUAUGUCCACAUGCCGGUCGGUACAUUUGGUAUUUGAGCCAUUUGACUUUUUCAGAUGCAUCAUUAUUUUCACACAUUCCUUGUUAAAAAUGUAAUAAAAUUACAUAAAUAAAGUGUGAAUUGUAAUGAUA